CCGACAUGAUGGAUCUCGGCCCACCGGUGCAGAUCGAUACCGCGCCAAAGGCGACCGCCAAGAAAACUUCGAAGAAGAAAAACACCUCCCAGAACAGCUCCGACGAUGUCUUAAUCCCGGGCGGAUCCGACGACGAUCCGAACGAUCCGGAGGCUCGACGCAAGCGCCAGCGCUACGCAAACCUCCAGGCGCAGAGGCGCUGCCGCGAGCGCCAUCGCAAUCACGUCUCUACCCUCGAGCAGGAAAACAAGGAGCUCCGUGAUAAGAUCGCCAAGCAGGAGGACGAGGUCAAGCGCCUGAAACAGGCGCUGCAAAAGUCCCAGACCGGCCUCGAGGAGUGCCAACUCAAGACCAGCGGCGCGGACUCCGAAAACGUCAAGCUCAUCAAGGAGAAGUCCGAGCUCGAGCGUAAGCUUCGCGUGUGCAGCAUAAAGAACAGCGAGCUCGAGUACAAGCUGCAAAGCUCCGUUCCCGGCUCCCCCGCGGGCAGCGACGUCGCCCUGAACCGGCACAACAGCGAGAACGAGAUGCGCCUGAAGAUCGAGGACGAAUUCCAAAACGGGCGCACGGUCAAGAUUCAACACAGGGCCGGGCGCCUGAGCCGAGUGUCCACGUGCGACUCGGACGGCGAGUUCGAGCUGCCCACCCUGCAGGAGGAGGCGUGCGCCGUGGCGCAGGCGGCGCAGCUGGAGCUCAAAAACGGCGCCAAGGAGCACAGCGAGGAUUGUCUCGAGGCGAUGAGGCUGAUCGCGCUGAAGCUCACCGAGCACUUCAAGUCCUUCCUCGUGGACGGCAACGCGUGCUCGCAGAUGGGCGUGUACUCGAUCCUGGCGGGCCCGCCCAAGGAUGGCGAAGAGUCGCCGUGCGCGGGCAUGCUCGCGCAGGGUCCCGGCCAGCCCGAGAGCGUGUUCAAGCGCGCGCACUUUUUGGCCCGCGAGAUGGCGCUGUCGGAGGACCAGCGGCGGGCGGUGGUGGCGAAGUGGAAGCUCCACGCGGAGGCGCUCGGCAAGAUUUUUGAGGCGCGAAAGAAGCUCACCGCGGAUGCGCUCAUGCUGCAGGGAUCUAGCCCGGCGGCGACGCUGGUGGACUUCAUGAGCAUCGGCGCGGGAACACUGGCGGGGGCCGCCACCGAGCAGGACGUGCUCGACCGGACGGGGCAGCUCACGCUGACGGGUUUUGCCGCGCACGCGUGUCGGGUGGAGAGCGUGAUUCGGGACCUGCGCACCAACAUCAGCGCCGAGCAGCUGCAAAAUUUCGUGCUCGUGAGCGAGGUGGUGGACGAGGUGCUCACCCCUCUGCAGACGUGCAUCAUCUGCGCCAAGUGGGGCUCGGGGUGCCCGGACAUGCUCGCCGUGACGCGCGCCAUCACCGUGCAGACCAUGGAGCUCAUGCCCGACCUCCGUUGAGUCGACGCCGGAACACAACGCGCCCGUGGCGACGACCAAGCUCAACACGCGCUUUCAGCGAUUUUAGCCUGUUACAACUACAUCCCGUGAAAUAAUACAUUUCCUUGUACCC